CCAAUUGUCAAACGCUAAAAUGUCAUUUUGACUUUAGAAUCUUUAGAUCGAUUGGUUUUCUAAGUCGCAGCUUUUUCUAUUAUAAGAAAAAUGUCUUUAGUAAAAAUAUUUUCUUUGUCCACUCGAGCAAGAGUAUCUGGUGCUAGUGGAGUGCUAGUUCGUCAUGCCAGUUCUGGUCAAGACGGUAAAACUGAAAAAGUAUACCCACCUAAUGUUCCUGGAUUUAAAUAUGUCAAUGCUGAAGACCCGGACAUGAGUUUUAGGGAAAUGUCCAACAGAGCUGCACAGACACUGUUUUGGACUGAAUUAGCGAGAGGUUUUGCUGUUACCUUAGCUCAUAUAUUUAAGGAGCCAGCCACAAUCAAUUAUCCAUUUGAAAAGGGACCUUUAUCACCCAGAUUUAGAGGAGAGCAUGCCCUUCGCCGUUACCCUUCUGGUGAAGAAAGGUGCAUUGCCUGCAAGCUCUGUGAAGCUAUUUGCCCAGCUCAGGCGAUUACUAUCGAGGCAGAAGAGCGUAAAGACGGUUCCCGACGAACUACAAGAUACGACAUUGAUAUGACGAAAUGUAUAUACUGUGGUUUCUGUCAGGAGGCAUGUCCAGUAGACGCUAUCGUUGAAGGACCCAACUUCGAGUUCUCGACGGAAACUCACGAAGAACUCCUCUACAAUAAAGAGAAGUUACUCUCAAACGGUGAUAAAUGGGAGAGUGAAAUUGCUAGCAACAUCAGAGCAGAUCACUUGUACCGUUAGUUCAAAUAUAUUAUUGUAAAUAAGGUUCAAUGCAAAUGCAUUUGAUCCUUGGUUAGGAUUCUUAAAUUAUGUAAAAAAUAAAUUAUCGUUAUCUCA